UCGAUAGGAAAUUUGGCGAACAGUGUAGUUCUACAAAGCGAUGUUAUCAUUUUGUCAGUCACAUUUCACUUCAAUCUGUCCGUCCGUCUUAAAAGUGUACACAGAAUUCAGGGUUGACGUGUUAUAUUUUCAUGAAAUUUAAAGUACACCUGCUUACUACUAUGGGAACUAAAUUCUUUUAUUUCGGUUUCGGUAGCAAUAUGCUAGCCAGUCGGAUUCAUAUACAAAAUCCAACUGCAAAGAGGAUUGGUGUCGGUAAAUUAGAGAACUACAGGCUAGACUUUCACACAGGAUCGAAGAAUUGGCUGGGCGCUCCUGCUACAAUUGUACCCACUCCAGGAUCACAUGUGUACGGAGCCAUUUGGGAGAUUGACAUGUGCAACCUAAAGGAUUUGGAUGACCAGGAGAGUGUGCCCGAUGGCGUCUAUACUCCGAUUAGUGUGCCCGUUCACCCAUUGAACACUGAUACAAGCAUCACCUGUCGUGCCUAUCACUUGACCAAUCAGCCCCAAACAGACCUCCAUGCUGGAGGUGGCCAGGAAGUCAUUCCACUCGACCGCCAGCCUUCGCAAACGUACCUGAAAGUUUUGGUAAAAGGAGCUACGGAAUCCGGAGUCCCGGAGGAUUACAUCAAAUGGCUGAGGGGCAUCAAGCACAAUGGCAAAGAAGUGGCAGCUAUGGAGGCAAAACUGGAAUUGGAUAAAGUGCAACUUGGCUGAUCAGAUAAAUAUAACAAUCAUGAUUUCUUAUGGUUAAAUGUAUUAAAACGAAGACCCCUCAUUAUAUAUUUUUGAAUUAUAA